AUGGAGAUUGUGGUGUCCUUUCUCCCCUCCCUGCCAGAAAGAGCCCUGUGGUUCCCCAUUUCAGACCCUGCCCUUCUUCCUCCUGCAGCAGGCCCAGCCUCCAGUGCCCCCAGCCCCCUGCUGGCCUCCUUGCCCCUGCCCACUCGGCCUCUGCAGCCCCCGCUGGACUUCAAGCACUUGCUCGCCUUCCACUUCAAUGGCACCGCCCCGCUCAGUCUCUUCCCCAACUUCAGCACGAUGGACCCAGUCCAGAAAGCUGUCAUCAGCCACACAUUUGGGGUCCCCUCCCCUCUGAAGAAGAAGCUCUUCAUUUCCUGUAACAUCUGUCACCUGAGGUUCAACUCAGCGAACCAGGCUGAAGCACAUUAUAAAGGCCACAAACAUGCCAGAAAACUCAAGGCUGUUGAAGCUGCUAAGAGCAAGCAGAGGCCACAAAGCCUGACACAGGAUGCCGGAGUGGUGUCCCCAACCCCAACUCUGGCCAGUGGAGCACCUGGAGAUCUACAGAACAAAGCAGUUCCUGCAGGCCCUCCACUCCAGCAGCAGUUGACCCCGGACCCCCCAUCCAGGGAACCAGCCCCCUCAGACCUUUUGGAUGCUGCCUCCUCUUCUUCUUCCUCCUCCUGCCCACCCUGCUCCCCAGAGCCUGGCAGAGAGGCACCAGGGCCUGAGCCAGUGGCGGCAGCUGUGGGAAGUGGAGUGAGUGGGGAAGGCAGGAGCGAAAAGGGGCGCCUCUACUGUCCCACAUGUAAGGUGACAGUGAACUCGACCUCCCAGCUUCAAGCUCACAACACAGGAGCCAAGCACCGGUGGAUGGUGGAAGGUCAACGAGGGACUCCCCGAAAGGGCCGGGGCCGCCCAGUAUCCCGGGGAGGGGCUGGACACAAGGCCAAGAGAGUGACAGGGGGUCAGGGUGGCCGGCAGGGCCCCAGCCCCCCUUUCCACUGUGCUCUCUGUCAGCUCCAGGUCAAUUCAGAGACCCAGCUCAAGCAGCACAUGAGCAGCAGGAGGCAUAAAGACCGCUUGGCUGGGAAGCCCCCAAAGCCCUCCAGCCAGCACAGCAAGCUGCAGAAGCACGCAGCGCUGGCUGUGAGUAUCCUCAAGUCUAAACUGGCCUUGCAGAAGCAACUCACCAAGACGCUGGCAGCCCGCUUCCUGCCCAGCCCACUGCCCACUGCUGCCGCUGCCAUCUGUACCCUGCCAGGACCCCUGGCCCUCCGGCCUGCCCCCACAGCAGCCGCUACCCUCUUCCCAGCUCCCAUCCUGGGCCCAGCUCUGUUUCGCACUCCAGCAGGAGCCAUCCGCCCUGCCACGGGACCCAUUGUCUUUGCUCCCUAUUAGCCCUACUGAAGAGGCCAAGGCUGAUUCCCAAACAGCCACUUACUGUCUCCCCCAAGACACCUCAGUUUCCUGCAUCCCACAGGACUGCCUUUUACAACUUGGGGGAGGGGGGUCCUGCCCAGUCUAGGAAGAACUGGGCUAGUUAAGGGCAGCUACCUUUGCUUCAUCUGGACUGGGAUUCACCAGGUGUCCGUCCAGCCCUCACCCUCCUUUUCAGGUCCUUCCGAGGCUAGUCCUAGGCUCGCCUGCAUUUCCCAGCCUGAUAAAUCCCAAAGAUCUAUGCAGAACCCCAGCCUCGUGGUGCUGUCAUUUCCCUGAGACCUACACCCACAUGGCCAGGCUCUGGACAUCUGAGCUCCCAUAACAGCCUCACCUGGCCUGCGGACAAGUCUAUGACCUCUACCCCAUGCUCUGGAGAAAUCGCUGGAAAUAGGGAUGGGGUCUCAAGCUGGAGAGUUCAAGGCUUUCAUGACAAGGUGACCCUGGGAUGUGGUGGAGAACCACAGAGGAGAAAGAAGUCCAAAUACUCUGGAUCAAGCAGUGCUAGGGUGGAGUAGAGCCAGGACAGGCCCACCUGCUUUCAGAUGAGGCUAGGAUAAGAAUAGGUCAAGGUGGUAUUGUGUGUCCAGACUCAAGUGAGCCAUCACAUACAGCUUUCCCUUCUGACUUCUGGACCCCAGCUCUGGGGGACACUGGGUCCCCCUUAGACUAUGGAUUCAGCUAACACCAAAUCUGCCCCCCCCCCCACCCCCAGGGCUCUGACAUGAAUAGUUCCCCACCCCAGACUGGUCCUCAGCACUAAGUUCAGCUUUCCUUCUUCCCAAGCACCCCUCCUGAUGUAAAGCUGAAUGCUGGGAUGUAGUCCGAUACUCUCACAGACCCACUUCUGUGCUGCCAGUCAGUGUCAAAUCCUAUCCACCCGACCCCAGCACUGUCCCCUCAUCCCACAAUACGGGACUUUGCCAGUGUCCACCUGUAUCUUUUUUUGAAAGAUAUUUCCAAUGGGAGAACAAGAAAAAAAGGGGAGGGGAGGAAACUUUUUGAUAAUAGCAAUUGUGGUUUUAUUGUGUCCAACAUAUCAAUAAAUGAACUUUGAGCCUGA